GGAAAACUGAGGAAGGGCAGUUCUUUUGUUCUUGACCACCACCACAUGCAUCUCUUUGUCUUUCCGUGACCAUCAUGACAAAAAGUAAUGAAUUUAUAAGUCGACCUUUCCAUCCUCUUGUCGAGGUCACCUUUCGCCCACCAGAACCACUCGAUGUGCUCAUUACCGAAUCCUUACUCUUUCGUUGUAAUCAACUUGGAGCCCAGUCUAUCGGUGGCUCAUCUCAAUGUUCCCGAACUUACUGAAGCCUGCAGCAAACUGAAUACCAAGAAAUAUGUGGCAUACGUAGGAGAGCGUGAACAAGACGUCGUAAAGCCUCAUGUUCCCUACCACUCCUUUCUCUUCUAUCUCGUCUAUCAGGGACUGCGCCGUUUGAAGGACGGACGUGUGGGUCCCGAAGUUUGCUACCCAGUACUACCGAACACAUCACACCCACUUUCGCGCUCCCCACUCGACCCGGGUCGACCUCUACCAUGGGACAAUUGCUACAUUUCAGAAUUCGUCUCAUUUCCUGCUCUAUGUCCUACUGUCAUAUGUGAAACGAAACCCUCGUCUCUAUACGAACUUACAAGAAUCGCGGGUGUCGAUUUGGAGUGUUCCAUGGCUGAUGAUUGUUGCGAGUGGCGAGGGUACUCUACAGAUGGACAAUCCGAGUACAGGAGCUUCUGCUCUGGCCACGACGACAAGAGUUUUGUAGUCGAACGACCGUCGUUGAAAAAUACUACGGAAGUGCAGAUACGCUCGACUGCGGGCAUCGAUUUUGGAGAUUUUCAUGAGAGUCAUGCUAAAUCUGGCUUCAAUAUUUACGAACCGUCUUUGUCCCAAUCUGAGAAGGACAUGGAUGCACACGUGCAACAAAUCAUUCGUGAACAUCCACAUAAUAUGUUCGAGCUUUUGGAUGUACUGGAGAGCGAAAGAGCAGCAAAGCAAGAUGAUGACGUCUCCUCGAACACCGCGUCAAUGACUUCCAUGUUACGGGACAAGGUCGUUGUCAAGACCUCCUUUGACCUCACUGAGGUAGAGCAAGUCAAUGAUCCAGCGGAGUUCUUCAGAGAGGUUGAAGCAUUAUAUCAGCUAAAACAAGUACACGAAGCGAUACUCAUGCAGCGAGAAAUCGAGGCAGCACGAAAAGUAGACGACCAGUACUUUGCCCAAAUUGAAAAGGAGAAGGGUCCAGAGUUAUCACCCAAAACCAACAUCUGUGCGUUGAGUGGUUACCGACGCUUUGUUGGUCGAACGAGGAAGUUGCUUGGAAGAAUGAAGGAGACACUUAGAUCGGCUCUCUGUUCGUGAUACUUUCAACACACUUUCAUAGUCCCGUAGACGCCGUUCACCCACUAACCCCACGUGAUUGGGGUCACUUUGGCGCAUCCAGAUAAAUAGCUGAAAUUUAAGCGGUGUGUUUCUUGCCGCUUGUCGGCUCGCCU